AUGGCGGCAAGAAAAAGGAGAGAGCUUUUUACUAUUUUGGAAACUAGCGCGGACACAGAAACUAAUACCGUCUCCGACGGUGAAGAGUGUCCGUUAAAUCUUUCAGUAGAUGUGAAGUGGUUCGAGAUUCCUUUUAGAAAGCCGGACUCGGACUCGGAGGAAGAAGAACUACAGGAGAACGAGGGGGAGACUGAAUUCAAAAGCACAGCGGCAGCAGACGAGACUGCGGACUCAGCCAGCUACAUCGCGGGAGGCGGUUGCAAUAUUAUUUUAGUCACUGGAAAUGGGAUCAAGCACGAAGAGUACGCUGAGGAGUACGCUGAGGAGUCCUAUUAUUCUACCUCCAAUAACUGCUCUGAAACAACGUCUACCGACUCGGACAUUGAUUUUUCUGAUUUAGAGGAGGAAGAACACUCGGGGUUAUUCAGUUCAGAUGAUCUUUUAGACGAAGACUGCACUUCUCCGGACUUCUGGGGAGAGCCCGAUCAGGUAAUAUCAAUUGAGCCAUUCACUGCUGUCAGUGGCCCUCAGCACUCGCUGGGGGAUGAUGCUGACACACUAGACUACUUCCGGUUGCUCUUCCCAGAUUCAUUGUUUGAACACAUGGUAGAACAAACAAACAACUACGCCCUCUAUAGGCAAAGGAGGAGUGGGAGAUCAGAUGCCCACUGGCAUCCCACUGACCUGAGGGAGAUGAGGGCUUAUAUAGGUCUGAACAUUCUCAUGGGCAUAAACCAACUCCCUGACUACGGCAUGUAUUGGGCCAGUGACAUAUUCAUAGGUAAUGCUGGCUUCAAAAAAACCAUGACGGCCCGCCGCUUCGAGAAGCUGAACCAAAACAUCCACCUGUGCGACCGUGAAUCGGAACCGACGCGCGGCGAACUGGGCUAUGACGGCCUUUACAAAAUCCGCCCCCUGCUGGACGUGGUGGAGAACACCAUGUGGGACUCAUACGCGCCCAACCGCUGCCUCACCAUCGACGAGUGUGCAAUCACCUCGAAAGGCCGCUUCUCGCCCACGCAAUACAUGCCCUCAAAGCCCUUGAGGAAGGGGCUGAAAGUGUGGAUGCUCUGCGACUCGCGCUCGGGCUACUGCCACCGUACACGUGUCUAUGUGGGCAAGCCGGGCGAGGAGGCGGCGCUUGGCGUAGCCCGCAAGGCGGUGACCUCCCUGGUGCGCGGCUUGGAGGCCAAGCACCACCACAUCUUCAUGGACAGCUUCUUCACCUCCGUGCCGCUGCUGCAGCGGCUCCUGCGAGACGGCCUGUACGCUUGCGGGCCCACCCAUCCGGCCCGCCGCGGCUAUCCGGACACCCUCAAGCCACGCAACGUGGGCAAGCUGGCGCCCGGCGAGUUCUACCAGUGCCAGCACGGCAACCUGGUGGCCACGGUGACACGAGAUGCCAAGGUGAUGAGCUGCCUGUCGACCAACUCGGCACCGGGCAUCGUGGGCAUCAGCCCCAGCAGGCAAAGGGACGGAGACAGUGACGGGGACAGCAGUGGCGGCGGUGGCGGCAUUGGCCCCUGCGGCAUGGGCCUGGGGGUGCCGCGGCCGCUGCCACUGCUGCUCUACCAGGAGAACAUGCGUGGCGUGGACCUAUGUGACCAGCUGCGGGAGUGCUACCAGGUGGGCCGGCCGUGCAAGAAGUGGUGGCGCUACUUCCUGUGGUUCUACGUCAACCUGUGCAUCGUCAACGCCUACGUGAUCCUGCGGGAGACGCGCAGCGGGGCGCCUCCGGCUGGCUUUAAUGGCAAGCAGUUCACCCAGCGGCACUUCCGCGUGCGCCUGGCCCAGCAGCUCAUCGGGGACUACCAGGGCGCGCGGGGUAUGGAGCGCGCCGCCCGCAAACGCCACGCAGACUCGCCCCUGGAGUACGGCCACCGGCUGGAGCGCAUGUCCGAGCGCUCGCGUCGCUGCCGGAACUGUACCAACAAGGGCCUACGGCAUGAAAGUGUGUUCGGCUGCAAGAUCUGCAAUGUGCACCUUUGCCGUGGAGGCUGCUUCUCGGAAUUCCAUAAAUAA